CGCACCGCAUCCUCCGCCCACCCUCCCCCAAAGAUGCCACCAUCGUCUCUGUGACUGAGGCUGCGACCUCGUCGCCGCCCCAUUUCACUUCCCACUACCGCCUUCGCCACCGCCGCUCCCCUCCACCGCUCCAGUUCCACCCGUACACGCACACGCUCUCCGCGGUCCACGCCAUGGCCUCCCAGCUCCGCCUCCACCUCGCGGCCACACCACCUCUCCUCCUUCCGCACCGCCGCCGACCGCACCUCCCGCGGCCGCUCCGCCCCACCCUAAACCCAAUCCGAGCGCCGCUCCCCGCUCUCCCAGUCCCACGCGUUCUCUCCCACGCUCGUCCCGCCUGGGCGGUCGGGGGAGGCGUCGAGCCGAAGGAGGGUGUUGUCGCGGAGGGGGAGGCGUCUGGCGGGGAGGAGCCCCUGCUCGUGGGGGAGGAUUCCGCUGCGUUCGAGCUCAAGGACCAGAGCAUGGCGUCGUGGGCUUACUUCGCCGUUAUACUUGCCGCGGUGCUCGUUGCGCUCAACGUGCUGUGGAUCGACCCCGGUACCGGGGUCGGGACCAAAUUCCUCGACGCUGUCGCCUCCGUCUCCGAUAGCCACGAGGUUGUUAUGUUGCUCCUUACCAUAAUUUUUGCUUUAGUUCAUAGUGGUAUGGCAAGCCUACGGGAAAGUGGUGAGAAAAUACUAGGGGAGCGUGCUUACCGUGUGCUGUUCGCUGGAAUUUCACUGCCUUUAGCAGUUACUACUAUUGUAUACUUCAUAAAUCAUCGGUAUGAUGGUAUCCAAUUAUGGCAAGUUCAGGGAACCACUGGCAUUCAUGAGCUUGUUUGGUUAUCAUCGUUCAUUUCGUUCUUCUUUCUGUAUCCAUCUACAUUCAAUCUUUUGGAAGUGGCAGCUGUGGACAAGCCUAAAUUACAUAUGUGGGAAACAGGAAUAAUGCGUAUCACCAGACAUCCACAGAUGGUUGGUCAGGUAAUUUGGUGCCUUGCUCAUACACUAUGGAUUGGCAACUCAGUUGCCGUUGCGGCCUCUGUCGGACUUAUUGGCCACCAUCUCUUUGGUGCUUGGAACGGUGACAGGAGGCUGGUGUCACGCUAUGGUGAAGCCUUCGAAGUCCUGAAGAAGAGAACAAGUGUUGUGCCCUUUGCUGCGAUCGUUGAUGGACGGCAGAAACUGCCCAAAGAUUAUCACAAGGAGUUCUUUCGGUUACCAUAUGUAGCAAUCACAAUAUUAACCUUGGGUGCAUACUUUGCUCAUCCAUUGAUGCAGGCAUCCAGCUACCAACUUCCCUGGUAAUGCUAUAAAUCUAUGUACAUAUAUGCUCAGUACUGAAAGUACCACAAACAAAAAGAAGAGAAAUAUGUGCUCCUCCGGUAUACUUAGAUGAACGCCAUUUCGUGUAAGGGGAACUUUUGUAUAUGGCAUUGUUCAAAACCUUUAUCUAUGAUCUACCACAUUAAAAAUCAUAUCCUGUUGGUGUCA